AAUGAAAACAGGAGGAAUUCCCAGAUUCCUCCAAUCCCGAUCUGCCUGGAGAAUCCAUGCAUGGGGAGAGUGACGGCGGCUAGGCUGGUCAUGGCAUUUUACUAGUGGAGAAAACGGCAGGACCAGGCAAACAACAUUUUUGACUGUUAGAGUAGUUUUGGUGAUUUUACGUCACUGAAAGUAACCUUGGGCUACUUAUUUAGGAAGUGAAUAGAUUUUCUGGAGAGACACGAUUGUUAUUGUAUCAGAACUGAAAGCCAGCCUACUUGCUUGAGCAAUAGAUACAAAGUUACACCUCCUAGCCCACUGGAUAAUUGUGUGACACACGGAUCUGGGACGACUACUCGAUGCAAUGGACCACUGGAUUUAAGGAAUUUGGGACGCGUUUUGGGUUUCGGAUUAACAAUUAGGUUCGUCCCCUUCCGUCUGGUGUCGAAACGGAUAGUCGGCAGUCAUGCCAGCGAAAACAAAGUACAAUCUUGUUGAUGAUGGCCAUGAUUUGAGAAUUCCAAUGCAUAACGAGGAAGCAUUCCAACAUGGGAUCAACUUCGAAGCAAAGUACAUCGGCAGUCUGGACGUGGCUCGGCCGAACAGCAGAGUGGAGAUUGUGGCUGCUAUGAGGAGAAUACGGUAUGAAUUCAAAGUGAAAAACAUAAAGAAGAAGAAGGUCAACAUCAUAGUCUCAGUGGAUGGAGUGAAGGUGGCACUAAGAAAAAAGAAAAAAAAGAAGGAGUGGACGUGGGAUGAGAGUAAGAUGAUGGUAAUGCAGGAUCCCAUUUACAGGAUCUUCUAUGUAUCUCAUGACUCCCAGGACCUGAAGAUCUUCAGCUACAUUGCCAGAGAUGGACAGAAUAACGUCUUCCGCUGUAACGUCUUCAAGUCCAAGAAGAAGUCCCAGGCCAUGCGUAUUGUGCGGACGGUGGGCCAAGCGUUCGAGGUGUGUCACAAACUCAGCUUGCAACACACACACCAGAACGCAGAUGGACAGGAGGACGCAGACAGCGACAAGACCUGCAACGAGGAGUCCACACUCUCAGCCCGUGAGUUAACAGGAGCGGAGAAGUCGGUGGUUGCUGUGGAAACAGACAUUGAUGCGGAGGAGGCUCCCUUACCAUUACCGGACAGUACGGUGGAGGAGUUUAACCGCGGGGUCACUGACCUAGACGGAGUGUACGCUACUGCCAGGACUGACCACACACACCUCAACAACCUCGACAAGAAGGUUCCAGAGGAGGCCUCUCUGUUGCUGGCGUCCCCCAGGAUGCUGCUGCCGUCUUCGGGUACUCUGCUCAACAGUGCUCCCCUGUCAGUCCACCACCAGAUUCAGCUGCUACAGCAACAACUACAGCAACAACAGCAACAGACACAUGUAGCUGUGGCACAGGUGCACCUGUUGAAGGACCAACUGAGUGCGGAGGCUACAGCCAGACUGGAGGCCCAGGCCAGAGUGCAUCAGCUGCUGCUCCAGAACAAGGACCUGCUGCAGCACAUCUCUCUACUGGUCAAACAGAUCCAGGAACUGGAGGUCAACAUGUCUGGGCCCAGGUCCAUGGGUUCCCAGGACAGUCUAUUGGAGAUCACUUUCCGUUCCACCGUCCCCCCAGUGUUGUGUGACCCAACGACCCCUCGACUCCAGGACCACGCCAGCCUCACCCUGCCAGCGCUGGGAAUCAACAUGGGCGUGGGCCAGGACAGGACGGUCAACCCACUCUUCUCUUCCUCCCUGCCCCUGGGCAGCCCCCUAGUAGACCAGAGUAUGUUUGAGAACUCCAACGCCUCCAGAGCUCCAGGCCAGGGGCUCCAGGCCUCCAGGUUGACCCAGGCCUCGGCCCGUCGCUCCCUGGUCACAGCUAACCCUGCCCUUGGUAGCAGCCCUGCCGACGCCCCCUCCUCCACCACUACCAAUGGAGGUCAGCAGAGACUGAAGAACGCCCUGAACCUGGGCAAGGCUGUGGGGGUAAAGGUCAACGACCUGCUGCGAAGGAAAGAGCCCUCUCAUAUAGGAGACAUCGGUGUCACAGAGGUCAACAAGAAUGUAGGAGCAGUCUGGAGCAAUAUGGAGGAGAUGACCCAGCGAACUACUGUCAAUAGUCAUACCUCUCUGGACUCCUUCCCUCGUCUGGAACCCCCUCCUCCCGGUAAAAAAAAGCGUCUUCCUCGCACCCUGAAGACUACCCAGGACAUGAUGAUCUCGUCUGACCCCGUCGUCACCACACCGCCCGAGACCCCCGAUCACUCCCUCCUCUCCUCCCCCAACAAGACCUCUCUCAUCAGCAAUGAGCAGACCCCACCCAAGGGAGAGCAGGACGGAGAGAAUGGCAGAGAGAGAGACACACUCACCGGACUGACUGGCACUUUGGACAGCGAGAGGGAAGAGGUGGAGAUGGAGACGAAUGGGAGCAGUAAGAUGGAUGGAGUGGAAGGGAAUGAGACAGAGGAGAGGAGAGAGGGAGAGCAGACCCAGAUUCAGCUCCAGCUCUCUGUCCCAGACCUCAUCCAUAAGGACCACGUGGUCCCCCCCAGGUCGAGGACGUCUGAGCCCAGGCAGAAGGCCCCGGGAGCAGACACCAGGCUAGCCUCCACCCCCCUAAAAGCUCCGUACAGGAUCAGUGUGAGUGAGGAUGGGCUGAUGGAGAACAGCUCCCUCUGUAGGAAAGGAUCAGCAGUCACAGACACAGAUGAGCCUGAACAACACCCCGACCUGCUUUGAGAAGGACACACACACACACUAAACCUCUGGAUGGAGAGAGGGAGAGAUAAUGGGAACAGUGAUGUGGAGAGGAGCUGGCAGAAGGAGAGCAGAAGACAGAGAUUGUUUGUGUGAGAAUAAGAAAGGGAGAGAGGAUGUUUUUGACUAGACCCUAGACUAGGGGUCUUCACUAAUUACUACAGCCACAAAGUCAUAAACCCCACCUAUUUCUACAAUUUCUCUUCUUAAAAUGUGAUUUUUAACCUUAACCACACUGCUAACCUUAUGGCUAAGCUUAACCUUAAGACAGAGAUGUGGAAAGAGUAUCUAUUUUAACAUAUCAUUAAGGGACAUACCAAACCUUUUCAAGAGAACCACAACAUCUUGGUCUGCCAAACAUUGUUUUAUAACACUGUUUUAUGUCAUGUUUUAUAUUGUUAACUUUACAACGUAAUGUAGAAGGAAGAUAUAUAUACCCAGACAUUCUAGAUUUCUAAAAUAAUCUAUUUCUAAUGUCAUAGUGCCCUUUCAUGCUGAGAGAGAAUACAUUUUUUAUGAUCUUUUAUAACUGUUGCCCUUCAGGAAAUAUAUCAAGCGUUCAGCAGGGAAUAUGAAAACCAAAGUGAACACGACAUUAACACUGACUGUAAUUUCAUGCUGUUGUCUUGGUGAUGUCAUCCUCACAACACAUAUUGAGAUAUGUAUUGUGGCAGACAUGCAAUUGGGUUUGUUCAGCCUGUACAGUAUGUGUUUGAUUUACAUUUGUUGAUUGACAGUAAUGGUUUUACUAGUGCCAAUCACAGUCCUGUUGCUUUAUUUCCUUACAAUAAUGGUAAAAAGUUUUAGAAUAACUACUCAUUCAAGGGUUUUUCUUUAUUUUACUAUUUUCUACAUUGUAGAAUAAAAGUGAAGACAUCAAAACUAUGAAAUAACACAUAUGGAAUCAUGUAGUAACCAAAAAGUGUUAAACAAAUCCAAAUAUAUUUUAUAUUUGAGAUUCUUCAAAUAGCCACCCUUUGCCUUGAUGAAGGCUUUGCACACUCUUGGCAUUCCAGCUUCAUGAGGUAGACACCUACAAUGCAUUUCAAUUAAGAGGUGUGCCUUGUUAAAAGUUCAUUUGUGGAAUUUCUUUCCUUCUUAAUGCAUUUGUGCCAAUCAGUUGUGUUGUGACAAGGUAGGAGUGGUAUACAGAAGAUAGCCUUAUUUGGUAAAAGACCAAGUCCAUAUUAUGGCAAGAACAGCUCAAAUAAGCAAAGAGAAAUGAAGGUCCAUCAUUACUUUAAGACAUGAAGGUCAGUCAAUACGGAAAAUUUCAAGAACUUUGUAAGUUUCUUCAAGUGCUCUGAUGAAACUGGCUCUCAUGAGGACUGCCACAGGAAUGGAAGACGCAGAGGUUAAGUUCAUUAGAGUUACCAGCCUCAGAAAUUGCAGCUCAAAAAAAUGCUGCACAGGUAGUGUUGUCAUUUGUUUUAAGCUUCUGAAUCCUUCUGCAAAAAAAUUAUGGCACCAGAGAAAACACACACACACACACACACACAGACUCCUUUCUCUCUCUCUGUCUGGCGCUGCAAUUCUCACUCACAGCCUCCUCACCCCUCUACUCAUCCCAUCCUCCUAUUUCCACCUCCUCCACUCCUCCAUGAGAUGAACAACCAGAUCCACUCUCUUUUUGCCCGUAGCACAUAUUAAUAAGACUUUACAUCCGUGCCUUGCAAAACUAACCUUAGAUCAGUGUGUCGGGGGAAUUACUACUCCAAUAGAACAAGGCUUAGGUAUUCUGUGUGGGGUGGUAUUAGGGUGUGUGUGGAUCUGUGCUUCCAUCAGUCAGCACACAGUCUGGACCUAGAAUCUCUGGAAUAGAGAGAGAGAUGACACAUGAAGAUUGAUAUACUUGGGAAAUGAUUUUCAUCAAGAUUGUUAGCAUAUUGUAUCAACCCAGUGUUUUCCAAAUGGUGGGCCAUGGCUGAAAACUAGACUGUGACGAGAAACAUGGUUUUGUGUGUCUGGAGGUUUGCAAGACUUGAUGUAUUUCAUAAUGGUAAACUAAAUGCUUGGCAUCUACUGUAUUUUCAACUAUUUGUUUCAGAUGGUGUUUUUUGAUUAUCUGUUUGAUAAGGCAACCUAAUCAUAAUCAUUAUGUAAACUAAAGCAAUAAUUCAUAUAUAGGAAAUAAUUCAUAUUAAUCCAUGCGGAGUCUAGACUGUUGUCUUAUAUCGUUAUUUCUACAUGAGAAACCUAAAGACAGGUGGUUAUAAAGCUGUUUUACAGCAUCAAUACCUAUCUUACCUGUAUCAGUACUAUCCGGACCACGUAUGUUAUAUCAGAUCUUGAAAUGUGAAGGAAUAUACUGUACAUUUAUGGACAUUUUUGACACCUACAUAAUGAUUUAUUUUGAAAUACAAGUUAGUCAUAAGUGUAGCAAAAUAUAACAUUUUUCAACUAGUUGUAAAGAUAUUUGAUUGACAUGGAAUGAUAUGACAUACAUUUGAUUUAUUAUGAUUGAUUUAUGCAUUAUUGUAAUUGUUGUUUUAAGAUUUGUAUUCUACAAGAUGGUCGAUAUAAUUUCACUACUCCACGGUUGAAUGAAGGAAAGACAUAAUGAGCAAGGGUGUGUGUGUGUGUGUGUGUGUGUGUGUGUGUGUGAGAGAGAGAGACAGACAGACAGACAGACAGACAGACAGCCUGUUAUGUAUUAUGAGACAUAUGGACAGUUCUGAUGAAGCCCUUUCACUGCAAGUUUUACUAUUCAUUAUUUGUAAUACAUUCACCUUCAAUUUUAAGAAACAUAUUGUGUAACAACAAAUCUGUGACAUAUAUACACAAUGCAUUCUGAAAGUAUUCGGACUCCUUGACUUUUUCCACAUUACAGCCGUAUUCUAAAAUGUAUUAAAUCAAAAAUAUUCCUCAAUCUACACACAAUACCCCAUGAUGACAAAUCAAAAACAGGUUUGGAGAAAGAAAAUAAAUACCUUAUUUACAUAAGUAUUCAGACCCUUCACUAUGAGACUCAAAAUUGAGCUCAGGUGCAUCCUGUUUCCAUUGAUCCUCAUUGAGAUGUUUCUACAACUUGAUUGGAGUCCACCUGUGGUAAAUUCAAAUGAUUGGAUAUGGAAAAGGCACACACCUGUCAAUAUAAGGUCCCACAGUUGACCGUGCAUGUCAGAGCAAAACCAGGCCAUAAGGUCGAAGGAAUUGUCCGUAGAGCGCCGAGACAGGAUUGUGUCGAGGCACAGAUCUGGGGAAGAGUACCAAAAAAUGUGUAUGCAGCAUUGAAGGUCCCCAAAAACACAGUGGCCUCCAUCAUUGUUAAAUGGAAGACGUUUGGAACCACCAAGACAGUUCCAAGAGCUGGCCAUCCGGCCAAACUGAGCAAAUGGGGGAGAAGGGCCUUGGUCAGGAAGGUGACCAAGAACCCGAUGGUCACUCUGAUAGAGUGCCAGAGUUCCUCUGUGGAGAUGGAACACCCUUCCAGAAGCACAACCAUCUCUGCAAGCACUCCACCAAUCAGGCCUUUAUGGUAGAUUGGCCAGACAGCAGCCACUCCUCAGUGAAACGCACAUGACAGCCCGCUUGGAGUUUGCCAAAAGACAUCUAAAAAGACUCUCAGACCAUGAGAAACGAGAUUAUCUGGUCUGAUGAAACCAAGAUUGAACUCUUUGGCCUGAAUGCCAAGCGUCACGUCUGGAGAAAACCUGGCACCAUCCCUACGGUGAAGCAUGGUGGUGGCAGCAUCAUGCUGUGGGGAUGUUUUUCAGCGGCAGGGAAUGGGAGACUUGUCAGGAUCGAGGGAAAGAUGAACGGAGCAAAGUAUAGAGAGAUCCUUGAUGAAAACCUGCUCCAGAGCAUUCAGGACCUCAGACUGGGGCGAAGGUUCACCUUCCAACAGGACAACAACCCUAAGCACACAGCCAAGACAAUGCAGGAGUGGCUUCAGGGCAAGUCUCAAAUGUCCUUGAGUGGCCCAGCCAGAGCUGUAACUUAACGAAAUGUGGAAAAAGUCAAGGGGUCUGAAUACUUUCCAAAUGCACUGUAUAUAUAUUUUUGGGGGGGAGAUUUAUUUAGAUUUUCCAGUUACAUUUUUCUCGUUUUUUUGUUGUUGUUAGGAUAACACUAACUCUUGCUACUGGAAAAUAUAAAGAAGAAAAAUGAAAUAUAACUCUUUUACCUGUAACUUAUGGACCAAAUGGAAAAGACUUUGCUCUCUGUCUUUUCAGAAGCUUUCCUGUCUAUUUUGGGCCAUUUCCUGUUGUGCUUCUUUCCCCUCACACAACAAUGGCAAAUUGUGUCACAUUCAAUACUGCCACUGUUACAUCUUAUGCUGAAUUUAGGAUCCUGGAAAGGGGAGUGGAGACGACAAUCAAAUAUAAUUGUAUUUUCCAUAUUUAUGUAUCCCUCCAUACUUGCAGAAUGGCAAUUAAGAGCAGAGGCAGAAAUGAAAUGGCAAAACAGCACAUUUCACUGACUGCACCUAUCCAGUGUAUGUGGCAAUAAAACAUCUUAAAAUACUUUCAUGUUCAAAUGUUGGAUUGUUUUGAAGGGUGCAGUCAUUUUCCUCUGUCUUUUUGCAUUUUGCUAGAGGAUAUUUAUAGGGCUACUAAAAUACAUUCCAUUCACCAUGGUUACCACAUAUUGCAAACUGUGGCGACUCUUCUUGUAUACCUUUCUAUGCUGUACUGUUUAGCACGUUUUUAGUAUGCUGGGGAACUGAUUACAAGAUCUAGCCAGGACCCUGGCUUAAACCUAAUAUCUGCUGUCACUGUUCUCUGAAAGCUCUUCUAUGUAGAAGCUAAAUAAAGGGUCUACACUGUAGAACUCA